UAUUAUGAAUUUGGAAUAUUCAGCACAAUUUACGGGGGGAAAGAUAUGCCAAAUUGGAUUACACAUAGAAGCAAUGGGCCAUCAAUAUCACUUACCAUUUUAUCAUCUCCAAACAAGCCUAGAGGAUUUAAUUUCUGCUAUGUCAGUACAUAUCGAUUGCCAGUGAUCAUUAUUCAUAAUAUAACAAAAAACCGAACCUGGAUAUAUGAACAUUGCAUUGCCAAUGUUGGUGUAGGUGAAGAGUCUUACACUGUGUUAAGCCAUUGGAUGUUUAGGAUGAAUGAGAUGGAAGGUGGUGACUUGGUUAGUAUCACUCUAAGAAACUUUAUGUCAUAUAGUGGAAUUGCAAUGGAAUGUGGGGUGAGUGUUGUUUAUGAUGAGGGAAACACGGAUGAAGAAGAUGCAUUGGGUUAUUACAAGUCAUGGAAUCACAUCAUUGGUGGAGAUCUUACUGGGUAUCAGCUAACAACAGGAGAAUACAUCCUAAGCAUAUUGCGAAUUACUACACAUGGUGUCAAACCAUUUAUGAGAUAUGGUAAAUUUGUUGGAGACCGCGACUACUAUAAAGGAGAUGAAAUGCUGUUUACAGCUUUAUCCCAAAGGAAGCCAGCCAUAGUUGGUCACAUACCCGAGGAAAUUGGAACAUCUACGUGCAACGAUCUCAUCCUUAAUGAUGAGGAUGAGGUCCCUGUCGUGGCUGAGGUCAAGUUCGAGGCUGAGUCUGAGUCUGAGUCUGAGGUCGAAGUCGAGGUUAGGGUCAUGGUCGAGGCUGAGGUAGAGCAACAUGCUAAACGUUCAUGUAUGUGGAGGAAGUGGUUUAACUGUACACGGCAUAACUUUUAUAUAAAGAAUUAG